AUGAGUAAAUGCCUCCCGCGAAGCGUACCGCUCGCUUCCCUACGCAUACAUCACGCCCGCCAUCCACUCUCACACCGCCACAUCUCAUCAACAUCACACAAUCAACGUUCCCGCGAUCCUCGCAUCCGCGACGUCGGCAGACAAAUCGAAGAUGACUACGCAGCUAUUCGCGAACACUACGCCACGCCGAAAUACCCCAUCGUCCUAGCCCACGGCCUCCUAGGCUUCUCGGAGCUGCACGUCCCUCCCUUCCCACGCAUCCAAUACUGGCACGGCAUACGGGAAGCGCUCACCGCACAAGGCGCAACAGUCAUCACCGCCACCGUCCCCCCGUCAAGCUCCAUCGCCGAAAGGGCAGCCAAGCUCGCAGAUGACAUUACAAGCGCAGGCGUCGACGUAAGCGCGGGCGUCAACGUCGUCGCCCACAGUAUGGGCGGCCUGGACGCGCGGUGGAUGAUAUCAAACAUCCUCAAGCCGGAAAGAAGCUUAAAAGUCGCGUCCUUGACAACUAUUUCGACGCCGCACCAUGGAUCGCCCUUUGCGGAUUACGUGCUGCACUCGUCGUCGGGGAUAAUGUACCUGCCGCGUUUGUAUCGACUUCUUGAGCGGGCGGGCCUGUCGACGAGUGCGUUUUCCCAGCUCACCACGUCGUAUAUGAGGGAUGAGUUUAAUCCCAGGACGAGGGAUGACGAGGCGGUGCGGUACUUUUCGUAUGGGGCGAUGAUGGCGCCGCCGCCGUUGUUGAGUCCGUUUCGUAUCCCGAAGAGGAUUAUAGAGGAGGUGGAGGGUGUGAAUGAUGGGUUGGUGAGCGUUGAGAGUGCGCGCUGGGGAGCGUAUCAGGGGACGUUGGUGGGUGUGAAUCAUUUGGAUUUGAUUAAUUGGCCGAAUAGGGUGCGGUGGAUGGUGAGAGGGUGGAUUGGCGUGAGGAAGAGGUUUAAUGCUGUGGCAUUUUAUUUGGGCAUUGCUGAUAUGUUGGCGAGGGAGGGAUUGUGA